UAUUUUCUGUCGUCCAUUCAAUAGAAAUAGACGUGCGAGUGAGUCAUGUGUAAAUAAUUAAUUUUACUCACGAAUCUCAUUUGAUUUCAUAGUUUAACAUCUAAGAAUAUUCAGUGCGAUCGUGUGGUUGUUGUACGAGUGACGAAAAUGGCGUUGACCGCCGUAGCGGAAGAGUAUUUUCGUACGUUGAACCCACUUGCAAGCAAAAUUCACGAAGACAUUGUUGAGGCAAAAAGUGCAUAUGAAAAUAUGUGGGAUACGUUAACUGAAAAAGAAAAGGUUGAAAUAAUAAACGAAUCGAUCAUCAAGCCGGAGAUUGCUCUCAAGUAUGCGCUUCUGGACACGCUUGAGUUUGAUAUCAACGACCCUCCGGUCCGGAGGGAUGACCUCAUGUCUUUCUUUGGGAGAGAACACGCGCAAAGAGUGAUACAAGAUGAGAAUACAUCUUACAAGGAUGAACACUCGGCCCCGUUCCUCUACCAAACGAAAAGCCAGCUCAACCUCUGCAUAUUAUCCGAACAUCGAAACCAGAAGGACACCAAACCGACCUCCCCUCUCCCUGUCAUGACAGAACUGGCCAUAUCCCAUUCAAAAGUUGUCUCAGAGUUGAAGAACGCUUUAAAAACGCACGAGAAACUAAAAAGUUAUCGCGAAGAGAGUGAGGUGACGUCACCUGGGUUUAUAUCGAAGUUUAUUAAUAAUUUCAAGAGCAAAGACGAAGAAAGGGAGUGUUUAGUUGUGACAGAACCAGCUCAUAUUGUGGCGUCGUCGGAUAAUUUCUUCAGAACGAACUUUAAAAGCCCUCAGAAUGAGAAGUAUGAAUAUAGGAACAGCGUCGUGAAGUCUAGCAGUGAUAUCUCCGAAGAGAACCGAGGCCUUCUCUCCUCAAGCCAGGCCUCGUCAGGAACCGACUUCCAGUCCACCGAGACGCUGACAGAAUCCACCACUCUACCAAAGACAGGGUACGACUUCCUGGAUAACUGGUAACGGGGAUCUGAUAGUAUCCUGUCCUUAAGUCAUAUGCACAUUUUAUGGUAACUAAUCGAUUCUAAGGCCCAUAAUUACAUAGUUAAAAUAAGCAAUGAUUACCAGGUCCAAUAGUUAAAUAUUAACAAAAUGUAAACUAAUAGUUAAAAAUU